CCGUUACAAAAUAGCUUGCUAGAAGUGAGCAUCUUAGUACUGAGCAACUUUGUAGGCUUUGAAAUUGUAAUUCCUCAAAUUAAUAAAAGGUGUUAUUUCAUUGUGAUAACUUCUGUCUCUGAAUUCCCAUAGCUUGAACUCAUUUUGAUAGCUCGAGUAAUUUACCCUAGUAUAUGUAGAGUAUGAACUUAUUGUAAUAUGUUUCCUAUGUCUUAAUUGUGUAAACCAUCAUUUGCUUACUCAGACUGUUGUUAUCAGUAGAAAGGUUAUUUAUUGCGCUUAUUAUCCACGAUCAUUUGCAACUUUCGUUCACAAACACUUUGAAUGCAAUUUGACAGAAAGUUAGAAUGAAAUAGAGUAUUACUAAAAAUAACUGAAUAGCUAUAAGUAGUUCCUUAGUCUUUCAUUUUGAUUGCCCUGUCGGUGGUAAGACUCGAAAAUGUGGUGUAUAUACAAGAUAUCUUGUUUCAAACCUAACAUAAGUCUCGACGCUUCAAGCUAUAACCUAACUUACUUAGUGUCUCAUGUUUAUUUAACAUACUAGACUAACACAACCUUAAGGCUUUUUGGAAUGCAAUCAAAGCUAACUACCUGAGGUAUCUUAGGUGUAGAAUUGUUCAUUAAGUCGUUUAUUUAGUUAACGGAAAAUGCACGUAUAAUCCCUUCAAGCUAACUUCAACGUUACCGUUUUGACUCUUUUUUGGCUCUAAUUGAUGAUGAAUCAUAGUGGUGUAUGCAUAUAUAUGUCGCAUGUUAACCUCCAUAUAUAUUCCCACAACUCAACAUGUUAAUACAACAGUAUACCAAAAGUCAAAAUACUAAAUUUUAGUAGAAGCUGUGUAUUUCAUAUAUGCUUAUCCACAGGAAAACUGUGAUUUUAUAUCGGAUAAACGAAGUCACAACCACUCAUAAGAAAUAUAGGAUUAUUAGGAAUGUAAGACGGACUCAAUAGUCACAUAGUGUCUGAUUUAUCAAUAUUUGUCCAACAAUUAGAAUAAAUCCAUAUAAGAGAUAUGAAGAGUUACUAUAUCUUUACGUUGUGCUCUACCUCGAAAGGUUUCAUCCCAGAGUUGUUCCAGAAGUAAUUUACUUAGGAAUAACCACAAAAUUAUCCCAAUCCAGAAUCUUGGACUAAAACUAUACUUGGCGAGUUUGCAGACCAACGUCUGAACAGUAUGUAUAAACCAUCAUGCAAGAACUGAACGUAUUCCAAAUUUAUUGGUCUUUGUUUCAUGACUAAGUCCUCUAUGCUCAUGGUAGGCUGUAAAAAAAAUCUAAGAUAUAUUGAGUGUCGGUUAUUUAAUAUGGGGUAAAUGGCUGGCUGGACAAAUCAGAACUCGUGGUGGGAACUAGCUCACGGAGUUAAUUAACUAACUGAUACAGGUAAAGUUUUUGUAAAAUUGAGGUGUAAUUACAGUCAAAUUUAAGAUAGGCAAAAUGCAGAGUUUAAAAGUAAGAACUGAACUUGUGACCCCCUUACCCAUCACCAACAUUCCAAAGUACUGAUUAAAGCAGUUGAACUCUAUUCUAAGUGGUAUUAUGACAUGAUAAACAUCUGAUUAAUUGUCAUUGGAUUCAGAGCUGAACACAAUCUUUCCUCGUGAAUACUUUUGGGUUAAGAAGUGUUUUACUUCUGAAUUGAACUUGUAUUUAAACUAGUUAUGCCAGUAAAACUAAUUUAGGUGAAUACUAUUGAGUAUCAAAGGAGGGAAGUUAAUGUAUUAGGAUUUAUAAUAAGAAAGACCAAAUAUUAAUAUCAUAGUCCGACGGAAUGUGAUGAAAUCGUACAUGUGAAGGAAUAAUGGUAGACAAGACAUGGAUGGAGAUAAAAAAUGAAUAUAUCUACGUCACUGACCAACCCCGAGUUGUGCCACCCAUUUCCAGCUACUGAUCUCGGUUGUCAAGCGGAUCCUGACCAAGUACUCUACAUCUACCAAAGUGACUCGGAUCAGUAGACAAUUAAUUCAUUUUCUUACUUCAUGUUCUUCAUUGUACCGUUUUAUCUUCCGGCAAUCUUAUAUCCAACGUUGUGAUACAUCUAUUUUAUUUUGUUUAAGUUUUUAUGCAAUUUUACUUACCACUGGCUGCCUUUCCAUAUCAUUUGCAAUCGUCACUCAUCGCUACUAUUGUCAUUCGCAAAACUCUUUGUAAGCCUACUUUUAAGUUGUUUUGCAAUUCAACUUUCUCUUAGAUUGCUGAAAGGAGCUUUCAUUUCAAUGCUGAUUUAUUAGGUUCUUUUGAAUGCCAUCAAUUUUUUAAAACUACACUAGUUUAUCUACUCAUAUGGAACUCCUACGUAUUUUUCUCGUUGUUUCCUGAACGUAUCAUUGACUUUCCUACACCCAUCAAUGCGCUUAAAAAUAAAUGCUUGCACUGCAACAUGAUCGUAAUUCAAGUUUGUGCUGUAAUAAAAGCAACAGUCAAGCUGUCAAGCCUUUUCUACGAUAGUUGUUAGGGAUAUAGUCUCUUUGUGUCUGUGUUGGAGAUUGUUAGGUUGAACGUUUUCUCCUAUCAAGCUCAAAGCUGACACCUCUUAAUAAUAGGUGUUACUUGAUCAUAAUUGUAGGGGGUAACCGUCUUCUAUUUAUUGGGUUGGGAUGAAAAAAUAUCAGCUUUGUUAUACGUUAUACUAACCAGCUUGACUCGGCCUUCUGACUUUAGGUCUAAAGUCAUCUACCACGAUUAUCGUUCCUGAGUCUAUGACUUUCUGAAGGUCAGGACGCUCCCAGUGAAAUGAUGUAGAGGCGACAGCGUACAUCCUUAUCCCCCUAAGUUCUUACUGUAUCAUUUAACUGGACAGAACACAAACUAUUAUCAAUGUACCUGGCAUAUAUUAAAUCUCAGUGCUACAUCUAUAUGUUUUAGUUUCAUUUGUUUUUCGUUAUGGACUACCCACUUUUUCUCAUUUCAUAAAUAAAAAUCCGCUGAACACUUUUAAAGUGAUUUUAUGAGUUUGUAGAAUUCGUUCCUUUAAAUCAGCUCUACCAGUUAUCUUCUGCUAUAAAACAAAUAUUUUAAUCAUCAAAUAAUUUACACACAUAAUUGUGUGCAUAUGCUUGGAAGCCCGUGUGCAUUUAUAGCUAUAGUUUUAAAAUAUUAUUGAAAAUCAAUAAAGGCCGUAUCUUAUCACAUGUUUCGGUAUGGAUAAAUUGAUUUAUACUUAUUGCUUUCGCUGUUCACUUAUAUGUACAAAAAUGUUCUCGUUUUCAGCAUCCUACCUACUAGUUUUGUAUACUAUGUUUUCUGUUCAGUUCUCAAACUAUUAUGAUCUUUUAUUAUAAUAUAAUUGUUUGUUCGCUUCGCAGAUAAAACAGCUGUUUAACACCAUUAACAUCAAUUUUGAUCAUGUCACGGGGAGAUUCUGAUAGUCUGGGUAGAAAUGAAGGAUCACGCAGUAUCUUAAGGAAUGCUUCACGUAAUAUGAUGAAACCUAUAAAUUCAGUGAUUGAUGGUUCUUUAUCAUUUUUUGGCUUUGAUUCUCGUGAAACUACUAUUGAAGACUGGAAUGAACGACGGUUGCGAUAUUUAAUAAAACGUUAUGGAAGCAUUAAAGGUGAUCGCUUAACUGUUCUGACUGCCUCUCCAGCUCUAUGCGAUACAUCAAGAUCGUCGUUAAGACAUCGUCUGACUUCAAGUUCACAUUCUGAACCAAUGAAGAUUAUCAAUAGACGUCAAGUAUCUUUUGCUAAUUCUGUUGUGCCACCGAUUGAAUCACAGAGGCCGGUUUAUUUACGUGAAUUGAGCAGUAUCACGACCUUUAGUCUUCCAGUUGCACCUGCUUCAACUUCUGCUCAUAAACCGCACGCGAUGAAAGUUAUCCUAUCAGCUAUGUGGAAUCGUCGACUAUUACGAACUCGUAGAAAGUUAGAAGGCAUUGAAGUUAAUGACACUGGAUUUGAACGCUUUCAUUCAGCUCCAACUGGUAGAAUAUUUUCAUUAGAUACAACAGAUACUCAUUUUAACAAUGAUAAGUGGGUAGCUCUUAAAGAUGCUAAAAAUGAAGAAACACCAUUUCUAGCUGUAUCGUCAACAAUACCAGUCGCUGGUGAAUCUAGUGUUAAUACUAUUAAUGAUAACACUCAUAAAGAUAGAAUCAGUUAUGAUGCUUCGGUGGAGCAACAGAAAUCACAUGAUAUUGUCGAUGGUCAUAAUGAUAAUGUUAUAGUUUCACAAUGUAGUCCGUCAUCAUUCGAUCAACCUGUGACAUAUUCAUUUUUUCAACAUUCCAGUAGUUCUGCUGUUCGAGGUAUAACCGGAGAAAGUCGUCGGCAAACAAUUACCACAGUAUCACCGAUUAAUUUUCAUCCUAGUCCAGUAGGAAUUCCAUCUCUUUCAAGGCGUUUAACCGAAAGCUUAUUGACUCCAACACGUUGGGCUUCAGCAAUUAUCUAUCCGCAUAAAGAUAAUUUUACAGAAGAUAUUUUUCGUAAUAAAACAACCGAAUAUAUCGAGUACAGACCAUAUUUUACAUAUUGGAUAACAUUUAUUCAUAUGUUGAUUUUUAUUGCUGGUUCAAUCGGUUAUGGAUUUGCACCGAUUGGUUUGGGGAUAGCUACACGUAUCGUUGGUAAAGUGUUACUGCCCACAUUGACCGUUGAUCAAGUUUGUUGGAUAGAAUAUGAAAAUCUAUGGAUAGGUCCAAGGCAAACAGAUUUAGUCCGAUUAGGUGCACGUUUUCCACCAUGUAUGCGAUUUGAUCCAAUAUUACAUGAUUCAGUGAUUAAACGUCAAAAGAAAUUUGAUCGUGCUUCUGGAUGUUGCGUUCGUAAUGAUGGUGGUGGUUGUUAUCAGACUCAUAGAGAAGUGUGCUCUCGUACACUUUCUACAUGGCUUCAUUAUGAAACAGUUAAUUUCAGUAAUCAACAAACUACAGAAUUACUUUCUAUCAAUGUUGCAGAUCGUGAAAUUCACGUACAUACAUUGAGUUCUUAUCCUGUAACUAAUUCGCACAGUCAUAAUAAUAAUAUAUCAAGUAUUAUACAUUCUCUACGUUCAACACGACUGAUUGGUAAAGCUGGACCUGUGUGUGGAUUAGAUCCAGAUUUUUGUGCUCGACCACGUUCUAUUGGAGCAUUUGCUUGGUCAGAGACAGAUGUUACUAAAUGGCCUAUUUGUGAAUUACCUGAUACUGUACCGAAUAUGGGUGGUUAUGCACCACAUAUGGAAUGUCAAGUAACUGGUCAUCCAUGUUGUUUAGGCAUAAAAGGUGAAUGCAUUAUGACUACACAAGAACAUUGUGAUUUUGUUCGAGGCUUUUAUUAUCCAAAUGCUGCAUUAUGUUCACAAGUGAAUUGUUUGAAUCAAAUUUGUGGUAUGUCACCUUUCACAAAUAAUGAAUAUCCAAAUCAAAUGUAUCGAAUAUUCACUUCAUUAUUUCUUCAUGCUGGUGUAUUACAUUUAAUCUUGACGCUUGGUGUCCAAAUGAUUUUUAUGCGAGAUUUAGAAAAAAUGAUUGGUUGGCAUCGUAUCACUUUAGUGUAUAUUUUAUCCGGUUGUAUUGGAAGCUUAACAUCUGGAAUAUUUUUACCGUAUCAAGUAGAAACUGGACCUACAGGUGCACAAUUCGCUUUACUCGGUAUCUCAUUAGUUGAUUUAAUACAUUGUUGGCAAUUUUUAGCACAUCCAUGGUAUGCAUUACUAAGAAAUAUUUUAUUAGUAUUUAUAUUAUUCACAUUUGGUUUAUUACCAUGGAUUGAUAAUUAUGCAAAUGCUGGUAGUUUUCUAUCAGGUAUACUAUUAUCUUUUAUUUUAUUACCAUUUCGUGGUUUUAUUUAUCCAUCUAUAUCUCUUACUACAUCAAUAGCCACGUCUGUUAAUCAAAAUAUAUUUGAUAAUAAUAAUAAUUAUAAUUCACCUAUCACAUCACCAACAACAACACCGUCGAUUAUGUUUAAUUUCAAUUUUCCUGAUAUAAAUCGUAAAAGUUGUACAUCAUUACAGCAUCAUCAUCUUCCUUCCAUGCAUCCACAACCUCUUCAACAACAAAACCCUUCUAAAUGUCAUCAUCGUUGUUUUAUUAUCAUAUUAUGUUCUAUUCUAUGGUUAAUAUUAUGUAUUAGCUUAAUUCUUAUAUUUAUUUGGGGUCCAAUUAUUAAUUGUCAAUAUUGUAAUUAUUUUACAUGUUUACCAUUGACUAAAAAUUUUUGUGAUAAUUUACAAGUAAAUGUAAAACAACGAUCUGAUUGUAUUUUACCAAAUUGGAUUUAAAUAAUGAAUUUUAUUGAUCAG